UUUCCGCAACCGACCGAAACAUAGCCGGCCCAUCAAGGAACCGGUAGCCCACCACAACUCGUCCUCCUUUCCACACGCGGCGAUCUCCUCCCUUGCCGCAGGCUGGCACGGUGGCACCACCGCCUCUUUCGCUGCCUACUCCGGCGAAUAUUCCCGCGUGCCUUCUUCCAUCUCCUUCGCCUUCCUGCCCAAGCCAACCGCCCGACCCGUCAAAGCAAAGCAAGCAGCCCGAAAUUUUGACCUCAUCCAAUAGAAGGUCGCCGCAAAGGCCUCUCCGGCGGGCCCGGCGAUGCUGCGGCGCGGCCUCCUCCCCGCAUCCCUCCGCCAUGUCCGCCACUUCCACCGCCGCCUCCGGCCCCGCCUCCUCUCCUCCAACCCCACCCCGCCUUCUCCGUCCUCAACCUCCUCCACCCUCUCCCACCUCCCCGUCGCGGCCCCUACCCCGCCGCACCACCUCGCGCCCCACCGCGACGGGGGGACGCGCCGCAUCUCCCCGCUUCUCGCGCUCUCCGCGCUCUCCGUCGCCACCGCCGCCGGGACGCUCUACCUAUCCACCGACAACAUCGAGGAGACCCUAGAGAGGUCCAGGGCGUCCGCGGCGCGCGUCGUGGAGCGGAUGCAGCACACGUGGACGGCGGGCGGGGUGCUAUGCAAGUCGCUCAUGUCCGUCCUGUCGUCCGCCAACCACGAGGUGCGGUCCGGGUUCGAGAUGCGGGUCGCCGCGCUGCUCGCCGACAUCACGGCCGCCAGCGCCGCUCGACGCGCGGCCAUCGUGUCCGCGGGCGGCGGCGCCGUCGUCGACUGGCUGCUCGACAGCAUCAUGCGGGGCCCCACGCAGGCAGAGGCGUCACGGGCGCUCGCGAACCUGUUGUCUGACCCAUGGGUCGCGCCUGCCGUGCUGGGCCGGCCGAGAGCCGUGCCCUGCCUCCUCCAAUUUAUCUUCUCUUACCAGCCCAAGCGCGGCAAGAAGAACUCCAGAUACUCUUCAUUCGAUGGUUCGGGCCAUUCUAAAGGAAGGAGCAUGCUUGUUGCUGCACUUAUGGAUAUUAUCACAUCCAACUGUGACAACGCAGAUUAUUCGUCGUUUCAUCCUUUGUUGCCUGCAGAUGCUGAUACAAGAGAUAUUGCAGCAGCCAUUGAAGUCAUUGAGCAAGGGGGCAUGCAUUUUGAUGACCAUGAGGACGAUAGCAGUGAUGAUGGUGACAGAGGAUUAAAAGGGAUAGGGAUUAAGGUGCUUGGUGGGACUACUAUAUUGGGAUUCUCCAGAGAAAAUGACUCACUAAAGAUGGGCAACUCAGGUGAUGAUAUUCUGAAAGUUGCACAAAAUAGUAGAAUGGGAGAUUCCCAGGGUAGUAGAGAAUCGGUAAUGCAAGAGUACAAUACGGAUUCUCCAGACAUUGAGAGAUUAAGUUCUCCUGCUACCCCAGGCCUUUGGGAUGAUUUACAGAGAGAGCAUGUAGCUGUACCUUUUGCUACCUGGGCUCUUGCUAAUUGGGCUAUAGCUUCAGAUCUAAAUCGUACUCGUAUUCAAGAACUUGAUAGUGACGGGCAUGCGGUUACAACUGCACUGAAAGCUCCUGAAAGAACUGUGAAGUGGCAUGGAGCCUUGGUGGCUCGAUCUCUUCUGGAAGACAAGAACUUGACUUUAGCUCCUUCUGUCCCAGAUUGGUCCUCAAGCCUUAUUUUGACAGCUUCUCAGGCUACUGAGAAUGGCGACAUGUCAUUGGCCCAAAUGUCACUGUCAACUUUCCUAUUAUCCAUGAUUCGAUGCAAUGAGUCAAAGUUUGUUAUAAGGCAGAAGGGUCUUCAUCUUCUUCGGAGUAUUGCGAAGAAAAUAGAAAAUGGUCAGAGUAGUAUGAAAGAAUCAUUAGCUGUCGCCCUGAGUUCACUCUAUUCUGGUGAAGUUCCUUUGUCACUUGAAGAAGCUCAAAGAUGGUCUGGUAUUCUUCUUCGCUGGCUCUUUGAUAAAUCUGUAUCCGACACAACACAUCUUACAUCUGUAAAAAUCCUUUCAUCGAUACUUGAGGAUUAUGGGCCAGCUUCUGUACCCAUUUCUCAGGGAUGGUUAACUCUCGUGCUUUCUGAGAUUCUUGGAGACAAUAAGACACAAAAUUUGAAAGGAACUGCUCCGCCUCAACCAGAUCGAGUGAAGAAUCAAGUUGAUUAUCAUAAUGCUUACACUGCAACUCAGGUCUUGAAUCAAUUAGCUACUGCUGUUGUUAAAUUAGCCAGCAUUCAACCAGACUAUGAUUCUGGAUCUAGUGACAAAGUGUCCCUUUCCGAUUUUCUCUCUCUUGAACCAUUUGCCACAGCUCUAAAGAAUCUGAGCAAAAAGAGCCCACCCAAGUUUGAUGCUGUUGACUCGGCGUUAGCUACGCUUAAGGGAAUAAAAGCACUAGCAGAGCUUUGUUCUGAGGAUGUUACGUGCCAAAAGAGAAUAGCCGAUUUAGGAGUUCUUCCCUUGUUGAAACAUAUCCUUGUUGCUGAUGAUUAUGAGAAACUUGCUGCAAUUGAAGCAUAUGAUGCAUCACGAAUACGUGAAGUGCAAGACAAGAAUAUGUCUGCUUCUAAUGAUUCCUCUACUACUGCUACCACUGAUCCCCAUAGUGUACGAGUUCCUCCGGCAGCGCAUAUUCGAAGGCAUGCUGGGCGGCUGCUUACCAUUCUCUCCCUCUUACCCAAUUCAAAGAAGGAAAUCAUUUCUGAUGAUAUUUGGUGCAAGUGGCUUGAGGAAUGUGCAAGUGGACGAGUUUCUUGCAAUGAUAUAAAAUUAAAAAGUUACUGCAGAUUAACUCUGUUAAAUGUGUUCUGCUCUGAGAAUCCAAAUACAAGAAAUGCUUCUGGUGAAUAUCCUGAUUCAGAAAGUGAGUAUAAAAGAAAGUGUCCUCAGUUUGGAGAUGCGUUGUUCUUGCUUAAUCCAGAGUUGCCUCUUGAGGUUCAUUUGGAUAACCGUGGUCAUGCGAUUUCAAGAGAUAAUAGUAAGGAUGAUGAUGACUGUAUUGAAGAUAGUGGAUCUGAAACUGCAAGCUCUAUAGAUGGUCCAGAUGUUUCAAGAUGUGCCUCUUCUUCGGUCGAUGUUGUGUUUGUCCAUGGCCUUCGUGGUGGUCCAUUCAACUCAUGGCGGAUAGCUGAUGACAAGUCAUCAACUACCAAAGCUGGUCUUGUUGAAAGCAUAGACGAAGAUGCUGGGAAAGAGGGUACUUGUUGGCCAAGAGAAUGGCUUUCAUCAGAUUUUCCUCAAGCUCGUUUUUUGACGGUCAAAUACAAGACAAAUUUGACACAAUGGACUGGAGCCAGCUUGCCCCUUCAGGAGGUGAGCUCUAUGCUGUUGAGGAAGCUGGUGACUGCUGGGAUUGGUAGUCGGCCUGUUGUGUUUGUGACUCAUAGCAUGGGAGGUUUGGUGGUUAAGCAGAUGUUGCAUCAAGCGAAGCUGAACAAUUAUGAAAAUUUCCUGAAUAAUACGAUUGGACUAGUCUUUUACAGCUGUCCGCAUUUUGGAAGUAAACUUGCAGACAUGCCAUGGCGUAUGGGUUUGGUUUUUCGUCCAGCUCCUUCAAUUGGCGAAUUAAGAAGCGGGUCUCCAAGACUGGUCGAGUUAAAUGACUUUGUGCGGCAGCGCCACAAUAAAGGACUUCUUAAUGUUCUUAGUUUUAGUGAGACCCAGGUCACACCGAUUGUUGAAGGUUAUGGUGGUUGGGCACUUCGGAUGGAGAUAGUGCCAAUUGAAUCUGCAUACCCAGGAUAUGGGGAACUCGUUGUUCUACCAUCUACUGAUCAUAUAAAUUCAUGUAAACCGGUGAACAAGAAUGAUCCUUCAUAUGCCGAGACUCUGGCAUUCUUGGAGAAAAGCUUGAAAUUGCGUGGCAAAAGGGCAGAGUCGUAGUCUUUGUUUUCCCCGCAUGUCUAGCAUGCCAAUGGAGCCAGAAUUUCCUCUGGCGGUAUACAGGCUUUUGUUUUCUCACAGAUUCUGGAGUCUUCUAGCCUUCUACUCCAACAGGCGGUUGAUGAUCUGGUGAAGAGAUUUGGGCGGGCUGUGUUUUAUGAAGCCUGCGCCCGAUUAUACACUACACGCUGUACAUGCCGCGGAUAAUCUGUAAAUAGAUGCCCUCUUUUUGUUAGCUGAAAUAGUCAUCAUCUGUACAGUAUCUGGUCUCCAAACAGUAAGGAAUUUUCCCUUUUGGAAUUUCAGUAGCACAUGCACUGCUGCAUCAUGUUUAAAUCAACCUUUUGUCAUGAUGACAAAUCCUUGCGUGCCCAGUGCCAA